AUUCUGACGAGUGGAACUUAAGUGCAGAACUAUAGACCGUUGAUCCUUCGCGAAUUUAAGGGAGUUUUCAGGUUGACUUGUUUUGCCAACAUUCCAGUGUACGUGUAAUAUCUUCGUCACAGCUGAUGGACUGUAGGCAGUCACACUCAAGUACGUCAUUGAUCGAGUUUCGAACGGGAAAUCAACGCUAGGGCUACUUUCGUUUACUGUCGUUUACUGCGAAAGACUCGGUGUGUACAAUCCGCAAUUUUGCGAGAGCAGUUGUCCAGCCUGAAAUUUCACUUUAAUUUGAUUCGGAUAUCGCUGAAAGUUGUAAGGAUGUCACUCUAUCCAUCCCUGGAGGACCUCAAGGUGGACAAGGUUCUGAAGGCCCAAUCUCAGUUUGUUCAGGGCACCUCCUCCACCCCGGCCAUCGCGGAAGAGGCCUACCAGCCCCAGGAUGGCGGGCCGGGUCCGGCAGUGUCAGGUCUCUACCCGAACCUCCAGGAUCUGGGAGACUACAUGGGCCUGAGCCUCAACAGUGAGGAGGUGCAGAGGAAUCUGGCUCUCGUGCCUGUUUCAGAUAGUCAGGUGUCGGUGUCCUCCAGCCUGGGGGGCAUGGUGCGGCCGGUGACGGGGGCCGACGUGGGGUUACGGAGGGCCGAGAUCCGGCCGGGCGUCCGCGAGGUCAUCCUGUGCAAGGACCAGGACGGGAAGGUCGGGCUGAGGCUGCGGGCCAUCGACAACGGCGUGUUCAUCCAGCUGGUCCAGGCCAACUCGCCCGCGGCGCUGGGCGGCCUGCGCUUCGGGGACCAGGUCCUGCAGAUCAACGGGCACAACUGCGCCGGCUGGAGCCUGGACAAGGCCCACAAGGCCCUGAAGGCCGCCGCCGAGCAGCGCAUCGAGCUCGUCGUCAGGGACCGGCCGUUCCAGCGCACCAUCACCAUGCACAAGGACAGCUCUGGCCACGUGGGAUUCGUCUUCAAGUCGGGCCGCAUCUCGUCCCUGGUGAAGGACAGCUCCGCCGCGCGCAACGGCCUGCUGACCGACCACAACAUCUGCGAGAUCAACGGGCAGAACGUCAUCGGGCUCAAGGACUCCCAGAUUAAGGACCUCCUGACCACCUCCCCAAAUACCAUGACCAUUACCAUCAUGCCCAAGUUCAUCUAUGAGCACAUGGUGAAGAGAAUGUCCAGUGGUCUCCUGAGGUCAGCGAUGGACCACUCUGUGCCUGAGGUGUGAGAAUGUGAGCAGAACCAUCCUCUCUGGCCAGGCCCAAUGGGUUGAUAUUUCACUGGGGAUCUCUCCCUGUACUGAAACACUUCCUUUAGCACAAUCAUCACCAUCGUCAUCAUAACACAAGUUGCCUCUUUUUAUCGUAGUACACAAGUUCUUGUGCUUAUUCUUGUGCUUGUUGAUUAUUCUUUGUCAUUUUUUAUAUAAUCGACCAUUAUAGCCAAGUAUACUAUUAUGUCUUUUUUUAUUUGACAGUGCACCUUUUUUAUUUCAUGUGACCCAUCCUUACUUGGCCAGAGUUUAGAGCUUUGGCAUUCAUCAUUCCAUCAAUUUGCGGGACCAGUGCUGUAAAACUGAAUAACCAACAGGGUAACUGUAACGUAAUACUUGUUCAAGAUCUGAUUGACAGUUCCUGGGGUAAAGCUAAGUGUCCUUGAGUCCUUCUUUGUAAGUGCAUUAUCUGUCAAGUGUCCCUUUGAUGACAGGUCAAGCUGAGCUUUCUUUUCAUUAAAGGGUACUAGGUGGAGUUAUAAGCUUUCUCUGUGGAAAGUCGUAUGCAGAACUACACAAAGCAUGUCACAUACAUGGUUCCUAUGAAUCUGACUGUGUCCCAUAAAACAACUUUUCCCCAGGUAAUUGUUUUUUGCAAAUAGCCAAAGGUGGACUCUAAGGUUGGAACACAUUCAGAUGUACGGGACAAGAUAGAAAUAAAUAAUUUUGCCAUAGUGGGUCCCAGAAAACUGUAUUCUAAUUGGUAGCAUAUUUUUGUUUUAAAGUGCGUUUUAGGUAUAUAUUCUUUGACAGCUAUUGCAGUCAUCAAGUAAAAUUUUAGAGCUUACAAAAAAUGUGGAUAUAACAUCAAAAUAAUUAUAAGAAUAAAAAAUCCUUCUGGUUAAAA